AAGACAAAUACAAACCAAUGGACCAAAAGGUAGCUCUCGAGGAAGGCUUGUAUCAGACGACCAGCCGUUCCGACGACUGUCUGCCGAUUGUCUCUAAGGAAGAGACGGACAAAAGGGACGAGACGUUGAAAAAGUUGACCGAUUUAUACAAAGAGGUGCUGAAAGCGAUCGGCGAAGACCCGGAACGCCAGGGCCUGUUGAAGACACCGCUGCGGGCGGCCAAAGCCCUCUACUAUUUCUCGCUGACGAGACAGGUGCUGAAAGCCAUUGGCGAAGACCCGGAACGCCAGGGCCUGUUGAAGACACCGCUGCGGGCGGCCAAAGCCCUCUACUAUUUCUCGCACGGCUAUCACGUGAAACUGCCGGAGCUGUUGAACGGCGCCAUCUUUAACGAAGAUCACGACGAAAUGGUUAUCGUUAAGGAUAUUGAGAUGUUUUCCCUCUGCGAACACCAUUUGGUGCCCAUCUAUGGCCGCGUGUCGAUCGGCUAUUUGCCCAAUAAGCAGGUGCUGGGCCUCAGCAAACUGGCCCGAGUGGUCGAGAUGUAUGCCCGGAGGUUAACA